ACCGGAUCAACAGGAUGAACGUUCUCUGUACAGUAGAAAUAGUGUUUGCCGCGUCGUUGACGUUGCUUGGGGCAACCUCUGUGUGGCAACAGCCUGGUAAGGUGCAGGAGGGCGACUGGGAAGUAAUAGAUGCCACAGGUGAAGAACCAUUGUACCUUGAAAUCGUACGCCAUGAAGUACUGGUAUACCAACCUCCUAGCGACUUUCGAAUUAUGGUGCAACGCGUGCUCAUGGUCCAAAAGAAGACCCUUGACAAUGUUGCGAAGUACAAGAUAACAUUCUCGUUUCAACGAUCUCGCUGCGCAGUAGAAGAGGAUUACAACAAGGAUGAAUGCCGUCCGCAUGGCUACGAGACCACUGGCCAAUGCACGCUGGCGAUGCGAGAAUACCUGCGGACGAAGGAACGCAUAGUCGAGUGGCUUCAGUGCAUGGACUACGUUUAAGUAUGCACUAUAU